AUGCAGACGAUCACCGACCGGAAGGGGGCACUGGCAAUCGGCCUGGCGGGUGCUGGUGCAUCCCUUCUGGCCAUCAGGCUCUUGCUCAGGUCCCGGGUGGACCGCUUUCGCGAGGUGCCAGGCUCAUGGCUGCUUGGCGUGCUUCCUGAACUGGGUCCAGGAGGAAAGCUCAUCACGCAGAAGAUUGAGGAGUGGGCCGACGCCUACGGCGAGGAGGGCGUGUUUGAGAUGAAUGUGGCAGGUUCUCGGACUGUUGUUUGCUGCAGCUGGGAGCAAGCCCAGCCUAUUUUGGCUCGACGCCCGCACAAAAUGCCAAAAAACUGGCGGUUGCAGAACGUGGUGGACAUCAUUGCCGGCAGCUUCUUCUCAGAGGGAGAGCGCUGGAAGCGCGAGAGGCGGGUUCUCUCCCCAGCAUUCAGCCGCAAAAACGUGGAGAGUUAUGUCCCAGCUGUGGAGCAAGUCACGCAGCAACUUCUCAGAGAAAUUGGCCGAGAUGUCUCCGCAAAGGGAGCGGCAAACUUUUCAGAGCUUCUCCCGCUGUACACCGCAGACGUGAUUUGCAAGACAGCGCUGGGCCAGGAGCUGAAGAUGCUGGAGAAGCGGACCUCUGACAUCCUCAAUGAUGUGAAGGCCAUGUUCAGCGCGCUCCAAACUCGCCUGUUCUCUCCGUUACCGUACUGGAAGAUUCCAGGCCUAGUCCGGUUCUUCGACCAUGGUGUAGAGGUCUCUCAGCGCUUCUACAAGCGGUCUGAGCAGAUCAUGCAGAAUGCCAGCAGCGGUGGCCGGAGUAUCGUUGAGAAGCUCAGGGAAAUGGAUGGCGACAAAUUCAGCCACGCAGAACUGAUGGACAACCUAACAGUCUUAUUUCUUGCGGGCACAGACACAACCAGCCUAGCUUUGUGCUGGUCCUUCUACUACUUGUCCCAGCAUCUGGAGCUUCAAGCCGCUGUGGCUGAUGAGGUCAAGUUGUUGCCGGACGAGGAGCUGUCCUUGGCUCAGGUUGAGUCGCUUCCCACGGUGCAGGCGGUGUGGCUGGAGACGCUCCGGCUUCACGGUCCGGCGUCGACCCUCGAGCUUCAGUCCACCGAGGAGAUCACGCUGGCAGGCCGAAAGCUACCGGUGGGAACAGAAUUCUUCAUUGCCAUCAGGAACAUUCUUAAGAACGACCCUGAAGUCAAGAAGAAGCUUGGAAACGACCUGCACGGCUUCCGGCCUUCUCGCUGGCUGGGGCCGGAGGGCAUUGUGAAGCAUCCGCCCUUUGAUACCCUGGCAUUCGGCUACGGUCCCCGCAUCUGCCUUGGCAUGCGGUUGGCAGAGUACGAGGGCUUACUCGUCAUUGCGAAGGUGGUUCAGAAGUUUGUGCUUGAGAAGUGGGACAGGCCACCGCUGGAGGAGACCACAAGCUUCGUCAGCAAUGAGCCCGCGACCCCAGUGUCCAUCCAGAUCCGUCCACGGACCUGGUAA